CCUCUCUGUCACGUUCAGAUGAGAACCAUUGAAGGAGGAAGUGAAAAACGAGUUGAGGAAAACCUUUAAGGGAGCUGCAGCGUGAUCUCGACUGUCAUUUAAAUUCUUUUUACCUGCUCACCUUCACCCCCGGAGAACCAUGGCUCAGGCAGAUAUUGCGCUCAUUGGCUUGGCUGUCAUGGGCCAGAACCUCAUCAUGAACAUGAACGACCACGGCUUUGUGGUAUGUGCCUUCAACAGAACCGUGUCCAAGGUGCACGACUUCCUGCAGAACGAGGCCAAAGGCUCCAAGGUGAUCGGAGCAGAGUCCCUGCAGGACAUGGUGUGCAAGCUGAAGAAGCCCAGGAGAAUCAUCCUGCUGGUCAAGGCCGGACAGGCUGUGGACGACUUCAUCGACAAGCUGGUUCCUCUUCUAGAGGCCGGCGACAUCAUCAUCGACGGUGGCAACUCUGAAUAUAGAGACACAACUCGACGGUGUAGGAGUCUGAAAGAGAAAGGCUUGCUGUUCGUCGGCAGCGGCGUGAGCGGUGGGGAAGAAGGUGCACGAUACGGACCGUCACUGAUGCCGGGUGGACAUAAAGAGGCCUGGCCGCACAUAAAAGAUAUCUUCCAGAGCAUUGCAGCCAAGGUUGGAACAGGAGAGCCUUGCUGUGACUGGGUUGGAGACGAGGGUGCUGGACAUUUUGUGAAAAUGGUCCAUAAUGGCAUUGAGUAUGGAGACAUGCAGCUGAUCUGUGAGGCCUACCACCUGAUGAAGGACAUUCUGGGUAUGGACCAUGCUGAGAUGGGCCAGGUUUUCGACAGCUGGAACAAGACGGAGCUGGACUCCUUCCUCAUUGAGAUCACAGCCAACAUCCUUAAAUACAGGGAUGCCGACGGCACGCAUCUGCUGCCAAAGAUCCGCGACAGCGCCGGACAGAAAGGGACGGGGAAGUGGACGGCCAUUUCAGCGUUGGAGUACGGCACACCCGUCACUUUGAUCGGGGAGGCUGUCUUUGCCAGAUGCCUGUCCUCUCUAAAGGAUGAGAGAGUGGAGGCGAGCCGCAGCCUCACGGGGCCCCAGGGAGUGAAAUUCAGCGGUGACAAGGCCGCAUUCCUGGAAGACAUUAGAAAGGCCCUCUACGCCUCCAAGAUAAUUUCCUACGCACAAGGUUACAUGCUGCUGCGGCAAGCAGCCAAGGAGUUCGGCUGGUCGCUGAGCUACGGCGCCAUCGCUCUGAUGUGGAGAGGAGGCUGCAUCAUCAGAAGUGUUUUCCUGGAAAAAAUCAAAGAGGCAUUUGACAGAGACAGUGACCUGCAGAACUUGCUGCUGGACAAUUUCUUCAGUAACGCUGUGCAAGACUGUCAGGAAUCAUGGCGGAGGGCAAUCAGCACUGGGGUUCAGCACGGCAUCCCCAUGCCGUGUUUCACCACCGCUUUGUCCUUCUACGACGGCUACCGACACGAGAAGCUGCCCGCCAACCUGAUCCAGGCCCAGAGGGACUACUUUGGAGCCCACACGUAUGAGCUGCUCUCAGAUCCAGGUCAUUUCAUCCACACCAACUGGACAGGCCACGGUGGAAAUGUCUCCUCUUCCUCCUACAACGCUUAAACAUUGCCCCCCCCCCCAUCGUUCAAAAACCCAGACAAGAUGGAAGGCGAGGACAAAGGGACCACCUUUCUAACCUCCCUAACGAUUCACCCAACUUUCUACUCCCCUCAGAGACUUGUCGUUAUUAUUUAUCAAAGAUUUGAUUCAUAUAUAAUUUGCGUUACAAACCUCUCUCCUUCAUGUGUGUUCUGAUGUAGUGGCAGUCACUAGUGUGGUGGGGAACAACAAAGUGUCGUGGAUGUCGCACUAAGGUCAUGUUGGUCCAGGCUUCACCGCGUUAACACUGGAUUAAGGGGAAAUGUUACACUGUGCUGCAAUAGGCUAAAUAAAGAUUUCAAUCCCUUUAUAA